CACCACAAGACCAAGAGGCCCUAGCUGCCGUACUUAGCCCGUCACGGUGAGACCCUUGUCUUAGAUUAGGUGUCGCUCCUUCUCCAUUCCUUUCUACAGAAUUACUUCGUCCCUUUUCCAAAAUUACCGCGGUACCUUCAACGAAACCCUGAUGACUCCAACAACACGUAGAGUUGGCCACUUGAUGGCAAGCGCACCAGUCAAAUGCAUCGUAAGCAGCGCACGGGUGCCGUAUUACGUUCACACAGACGUGCUGUCAACAGCGAAAGGAUCUACCAUGGAUGUCCGUCUCAAUGGUUCUUGGAAACAAGAUGGUGAAGAAUACCUGGAUUGGACGGAUUUUGAUUUGGAUACUGUUCAAUGCGUGCUCAAUUACCUCUACACUGGCGAUUAUCACUGUGCAAACAUUGCCUGCAACAAGGAUAUUGGAAUAGAUGAUUCGGAUAUUGCUGCUACCCCCGAGGUCGAUCUGGAUAACCGGCCCCUGACCCACCAAAACAUUUGUCUUCCUCUAGCCGAUCGUCCUCUAACUCCGCUAAGCCAAUGCCUUAGUCUUGGACUGCCGGAAGAACGCAUGACGACUUUUGCUGGAACCCUAUCUAGCAAAGAUGCUGAACUUCGUGGUUACGGUAAAAAUGGCCAAGCAGUAUUGACACAUGCAAAGGUGUAUGUGUUUGCACAUCAGACGUUGUUUUCAGAACUAGCACAAUUUGCCUUGCAACGUCUCACUCAAGUUCUGGUUCUAGUAGAUGCCGAAGACAACAGCCUGUUCCCUGGCCUUUCAGAUGCAAUUCGUCACAUAUAUAGUAGGACACCGGGACAAGACCUGUCGAGUCUACCAAGGGAUCCAGGCAGAAACAUCAUAUCUCAAUUCGUGGCACUCAAUUAUCCUGAUCUUACUGGAGAUAACCUAUUUGAGCUGAUCUGUGAGGGAGGAGACUUCAUGGCUGAUGUUUCCCAUAAACUAGUCCGACAAAUUCGUGCGGGUUGUAAUUUUCACGAUUCCUUGCAAGACCAAAUCGAUCGAUUGCGCACGGAUUUGAUUUCACUGCAAGUCAAGUAUGAUGAUAAAGACGGAGAAUUGAGAGAGGCUAAAGAGAAAAUUAAUGGCCUGGAAGCAUCAAGCAGGGGAUUUUCUAAAAAGAAGAAAAAAAGCCGAACUUACGGGAUUUGAGAGUACAAAAAUUGCAUGCAUUGCAAUUCGCUUCGCAGGAGUUGUUAUCGACCACUGCGAAAGCAUAUGUAUGAAUUUACAGUGCUUCAGGCACUAUCAUACUACUACUCCGACGAGGAUGGCAGUGCACACUAUGCAAAAUACAGUUCUGGUAAAUAAAGCUGAGGGACUUUAUUGAUAAUGUCUCAAUACAUAAGUAGAACAUGCCCCUUUUACACAGAGUGCAUAGUCAUCCGCAACUUAAUGGCUGCAACUCUUGUUACUGAAUUUUUAGCUGUGAUCCGAUCUUACUUCGUAACUAUGCCUCAUUCACUUCUACUCACAUAGCCCCAUGAAGUUCUCUAAUAGCCCUUCGC